UGCUAGCCUUACUGAAUACCAUGGCCGAUGACUCGGUCCGAGCGGAGCGGCAGUUAUACCCAGCGUUUUCAGCACGCCCUCGGCUCUGUCACGAUAUCAAGGUGUUCGCGAUCUACAGGGGCAAAACGAACGCUUGCCCAGUAUGCAGCUGCCAGGAUCUGGCAAACAUUCGACAUCGUCACCCGCAACCAACAUUACCGAAUGCGGGCUCCCUUUGAUGAAAACUUUGAGAGUUGGUACAUACAACCCUGUCUCAUUUCCCGGGCACAAACAUUGAGCAGGGGAUGGACGAGAUACCAAGGAACAUCCCGUCGGUUGGAAUGUACAAUGACACGAG